AUGCGUGGCGCAAGGCAAAGGGCAGGCCCGCAGUUCAAAAACCGGUACCCCGAUAUGGACCGACAGUACCGCGAGGACUGCAAAAAUGGCCUGGUCAAGACCGGCAACGUAAUCAUCUACGCCGUACCGGACGGAAAGCUGUGGCUGGCCAAAACUGCCACCAAGGACACUGGAGGAGACCCUCCAGGAUGGAGUACGUCGUAG